AUGGCGGAACACGACGACGGCGGCGCUGGCGCGGGUUGCUGUAGCGGCGGCUGCUGCGGGCUGCGGCGGCUGCUGCUGCUUCUAGAGGCAGGGGUUGAGGGCGUCGGCGGACUGAAGCCUCUGACACGGGAGGAGGUGAUGGCCAUCAGUGGCUAUAACGCGUUCCUGGCGACCACCCUGUCACCGAAGCACCGCAUCUACAACUCGGGCAAGGAGACGGACGAUUCUGGCAUGUUGAUGUUCCUCACGGCGUUCCCCAGGGGCUUCGCCAUUGAGGUGCUAGACGUGUACAAUGGCCCGCCGAGGGUUGCCUUCAAGUUCCGACACUGGGGUUACAUGGAGGGGCCGUUCAAGGGGCACCCUCCACACGGCCAGAGGGUCGAGUUCUUUGGGGUCUGCGUCUUCCAUAUAAGUUCCACAGUUGACGAGGACACGUGGGUGGAGAAGGCGGAGUACUUCUACGAGUGUGGCAACUUCCUCGCGAGCUUCUUCAGCGCGCCUGCUUCUGCUGCUGUUGCAUCGGCUUUAGGUUGCCCUCUGAUGAGAGUAAACUAG